AGCGUUGGAACUGAAGCUCCCGAAAGAGCAUUCGCCGCGAAUUUAGCCACAAUUUGUCUCAUUGUGUCACUCGAUGGCCAACGCUAUCAAAGACUUCUUCAGGAAGAAGAAGUUGGACGCGAAGUUCAAAAUGGCUGGAAGUGGACACCUGUUGGCAGACAACAGCACACCUUCAGCCGCCACUUCGUCACCAACUUCUUCGUCGACCAGUACUUCAAAUACGAGUCAAUCGAACCGCAAGAAUAUGACGACUCAGAAGGCAGCCGAAGCCGCCAUCGAACGCAUCCAAAGACAACAAUCGACUAAUAAAAGCAAUACUUUAGAGAAUAUUCUUCAGGAGGAAAGACAAAAGAUUAGCGAAGAAUACAAAAUGAAAGAGAGAGCACAGUCUUUAGUGAAAGAAGAGGAGAAACUGGAGAAGAAGUAUAAGGACUUCGAUGCAAACCAACGGUUCAGUUGUCCCACAAUUGGUUUAGACGAAUCGCUUUCAAGUGAUGAACUGUUGUCGAGAAUCCUUGAUUUCAUUCAAACCAAUUUUGCGGACGACCUCACUUUGAUGUCUGUCUUAACGCUGAUUAACUGCAACAGUGGUAGUGAUAACUCUGAGCAAAGGAUAGAUGAGUGCAUUAAGACAUUGGAUAAAGUGGUCACUAAUUUAGGGAACAGUACUGUCGAAGAGAGAGAAAAGUUCAAUGAGUGCAUUAAGACAUUGGAUAAAGUGGUCACUAAUUUAGGGAACAGUACUGUCGAAGAGAGAGAAAAGUUCAGUAAAAUUAGAAAAUCAAAAAUUGAGAAAAAAGUGUUGGAAUUGAAGGGCGGACUCGAGUUCUUGAUCUCAAUUGGUUUUGAAUUAGACUCGACUGAGGAAUGGCUUAUUUUUAGUGAUAAGGCUUCCGAUAUAAGAGAACAAAUGUGUUAUUAUAAGGAUGUGCUGAAUAACCCGCAAAAGUUUCCAAUAGUUCUGGACAGACAGGCAGUACGUGUUGAGAACAAUCAAAAGACUCCAAAAGACGACUUAAGUGACAAUUUCUUCAAACUAUCGACUGAUGAAGUGGUGCGUGAAAUGCAGACAUUGACUCAAAAGAGAGAAUUGGAAGAAACGCUACGAACCAAAGCCAUGAGAGAGCAAAAGCACAGGAGGUUUGAUGCAAAGUAUUCUCGACUUAGGUUUAAGUUCGCAAACGGUCUUCAAAUUGAGGCCACUUUCGCGGCCAAUGAGACCCUAACGGACGUCAAGGACUGGAUAUCAGAGCGAUCGGAGUUAACAGACUUUAACCUGAAGUGCGUCCACGAAGUGUUCACUGAACUACACGUUCAUAAAACUCUGAAAGAACUAAAUUUGGUGCCGACCGCAACCCUUCUCAUUGUAUCCUAA